GCGUCUAUGCUUAACCCUUUCUUAGCUCCUCGGAUUUGUACCAUGCUGAAGAUCCUCACCAAAAAGCUCAGGAACCAGAGUUUGAACGAAAUUCAACCUUUCCAGCUAAAGAUCUCCUACCCCCAAAGUGAUGAGGACAGCGAUGACUCUGAGGGAGAGAACCAGGAACUUGCUCAGAUUGACAGAGAGAGAAGACGGAAUUGUACCUUGACCCCUCUGGCCACCAACCAGCUUCAGAACCAGGAGAACCAGUGCUGCAAGGUUCGAGCCCUCCUCCACGCCAGCCUUGACCGCCACAGCUCGGAAGAGGAGCUUGAGCGCAUCCACCGGGAGUUUGCGGCUGAGAAGCAGAAGUGGUCGCAGGUGAGCAGGCUUGCCUGCUGCAGCGACAGCAACAACACCUCCUCCAGUGACGACGAAGUGAAGAACCUGUGUGCCAUGUCCUUCCGGCCUGUGGCGGAGCCCGCCGAUGGCCUGCACGCCAGCCCCAGCCCCGUGCUCUUCAGUGCCUCCCCUCCCAAGAGACUCCAGCCCCUGGUGCGGAGCACGGCCUCCAGACCUUUAAUCUUCACAAGCGUUGGGGCUGGCCUUGAGCAAGUCAUGCCUUGUAAGAGACAUCGACAAGGGUAUGGGAAUAAGGUCAGCAGGCCCAGCCUUGACCUGGAAAAAAUGCAACAG